AUGUCUGGACGAGGAAAGCAGGGAGGCAAAGCUCGCGCUAAGGCUAAGACCCGGUCUUCUCGUGCUGGUCUUCAGUUCCCAGUCGGUCGUGUUCACCGUUUACUCCGCAAGGGAAAUUAUGCUGAGCGAGUUGGUGCCGGCGCUCCGGUAUAUCUUGCUGCAGUGCUUGAGUACCUGACUGCCGAAAUCUUGGAGCUAGCGGGUAAUGCCGCUCGGGACAACAAGAAGACUCGUAUCAUUCCUCGCCAUCUUCAGUUGGCUAUCCGGAACGACGAGGAACUCAACAAGCUGCUAGGCAAGGUUACCAUCGCCCAGGGCGGCGUUCUGCCCAAUAUUCAGGCCGUACUUCUGCCCAAGAAGACCGAGAGUCACCACAAAACUAAGGGCAAGUAGUGUCUUUAGCUAGGGCUUAAAGGAUAUACUAUCCUUGCCUAUCAUAACUAAACCAAAGGCUCUUUUCAGAGCCACGCAUGCAUUCAAAACGAGAGCUGAUAGCAUGACAAAAACGUUAUUUUAUCCCAACAUCACACGAAAAUGUACUUUAUUUUGGAGGUACUAAGAUAAACGUAUGACACGUUGUGUAUACAGUCCUUAACCUUGAAAGAAAUUUCUGGGUUUAGUAUGUAGUAACUUAACUGACAGCCUAGAAACCUUAACUACUUCAUAAGAAUAGUCUUAGUAGAUACCCAAUCCUGCAACCGAGAACCUUGGGGACUUUUGGUUCUUGGAUCAGAAGGUUGAUGUGAUAAAACAUUAGGAUAAUUAAAAUCUGAAACGAUCUCCCUUAUAAGGUAUUUGGGGCGGGGUGGUCUUUAGGAAAAAGGAGGGGUCUAAAAAAAUGAAAAGGCGCGGGAGAAAAACUGGCCAGAAUAAACCGACCAAUCCUGUACUAGCGCGGCCUUUUUAAAAUAUCAAACAAUGAAAGCAUUCUGGUCUUUAAAGUGACAGUAAUUUUGGGAAAACACGAGAAGCAUAUAUAGUGCUCGAAAAGAAUAUAUUCGGAACACAGCCGUGUGCUCCGUAAUUAGAGCGGGUAAAGGGCCAGGAAGAAGUUAGCCCGCUAAAGGAACCGUUUACAAACUUGAGAAAGGAGGAGGGGCAUAGAGGAAGAUCAUCCAAUCAAAUCAUUCGGAAUACACCUACUGCAGUUAUCAACCAAUCCUGAGUCAUAGCUCAGGAUUUGUGUGUGCUGUUCAGUCCAAUCAGAACUAGGUUUAUUCUAUAAAUAUCGCGACUGUGGCUAACAUUUUCACUUUGUCUUCUGGUUUCCUGGCAAAAUGGCUCGUACCAAGCAAACUGCGCGAAAAUCUACGGGCGGUAAGGCUCCCCGCAAGCAGCUAGCCACUAAAGCUGCUCGUAAGAGUGCUCCAGCUACUGGCGGUGUGAAGAAGCCUCACCGUUAUAGGCCUGGCACCGUGGCUUUGAGAGAGAUUCGGCGCUACCAGAAGUCUACCGAACUGCUGAUUCGUAAGCUGCCCUUUCAGCGGCUGGUACGUGAGAUAGCUCAGGACUUCAAGACUGAUCUACGUUUCCAGAGCUCGGCCGUGAUGGCCUUGCAGGAGGCCAGCGAAGCCUACCUCGUGGGGCUUUUUGAGGACACAAAUCUUUGCGCUAUCCACGCCAAGCGGGUCACCAUCAUGCCCAAGGAUAUCCAGCUAGCUCGCCGCAUCCGCGGGGAGAGGGCCUAAAUUGUCAUAAGAUCCGAAAACCCCAAAGGCUCUUUUCAGAGCCACCCACAUUUUCACUAAGAGUAGUUGUGACCUUGUGGUUCUCAAUUUUUGGGAGGACUUUAGUUAUAAGUGCUUUUGAAAUAGUAAAAAUGGACGUUAAAAUCGAAACAUCCCCCAGCAUCACGUUGUGGGGUUCAUGUAAGUAAGAUAUAUAUUUCAAAUGGUUGUUGAAAGCGGUGUUUUUUUUUCUUUUGAAAACUGAUUAUAUCAUUUGCCUAUUUAUUUAUUAAGGAAUAGCUCUGCUAUUAUAUACAGGGGGUCCCCAAAGUCUUAGUACCAUUUUGUACUUUUAAAGGUUAAAGUUGAUUCAAAUACACAGCAGUCCAGAAGUCUGAGUGCAGUUUUAAGCCACAGGGAGUAUCAUUUGCCUAUAUUGCUUGAUAUCAAAAUGUUACAAUUUUUUCAGAGAAAAUUGUUGAAAAUACUUUCCUUCAAUUUGCAUCUUAAUUUUAACUGCAGUUGUUUCUGUUGUCCUCUUCUGAGUGUCCAUUUUGAACUUAUGUUAAGUGGUUUGAGGUGCUGGCAUAGAAUAAUUUUCUGCAUGACUGCUUUCCUGUUUUUGCAGAAGUUUUUGAUGGAAUAGUGAGUCUUUAGACAAGUAACUGGUUGAAAUUUGGGUUUAUCGAUAUUAUGUUUGUUUCUGUAUCUUCUGUAUCUGAUCUGUCCCACUGACCAAUUUUUUCCAUUUUUUGAAUGAUUUUUAUGGAUUAUUACUUUAAAAUAAAGUUUGAAUUCUAGGUUCCCUUCCUUACUACUUGUUUUCCUUGAUAAUUUUUAUUUUUGUUCUUCCAGGUGAAUUUUAUUAUUUUUACUUUAUACAGUAACUAUUUUGAUUUGAAUUGGUAUAUUAUGAAAGAAGUAAGUUAAAGUAGUAUUAUAAUUUUUGAUAUAUUGGCAUGCUCAAUUGUUAUAAGUAGCUCUCCAAAUAGGUUUGUAUUUCUGUAAACAGUGUUUUGUAUUUGCAUUCAUUUUUUUUUAAAUAUAGAGAAAGGCUGACAAUUUAUAGGGAGUUGUUUAUUGUGGUUAUUGUUUCAAUUAAUUUUUAGUUGAAUCUCUAAGGUUCCCUAAGUUGACCAUCACAUAUAUCAUUUACAAAAAUUGACAAUUUUGUUUCCUUUUUGCUUAUGCUUGUUUCUUCAAUUUCUUUUUUUCCUUGUAAUUGCUAAAAAUAGCGUGUAUGACAUUAUACGAAAUAAUAAUGGUGAUAAUGGACUUUCUUGCUUUAAUCCCAAUCCUUAUUGUUUCUCAAAUACAUAUAAUUCUGGCUUUUGGUUUUAUAUAGAUAGUAUUUACUAAACCAAGGGAAGGUCAUUUAUGUCUGUGUUUUAAAAAAGGUUUAAACAUAAAUGGUCAUUGCAUUUUUGACAGCUUUUCCUGCAUCUAUUGAUAGUCAUUUAUUUUUGGUUAUUAAUAUGGUCUCUGAUAUUUGUAGAAUUUUCAAUACUGAACCAACCUUGCAUUCCUGGUAUUAAUAUUUUUAAUAUAUUGCUGUAUCUUGUUCAUCUAAUCUUGAGACACUGCUGUUAGACUUUACGGUCAAGAGGAUAUUGCAUCACUUCUUUAGUAAAUAAACUUCUUUGUUAUGGAUGUUGAGGUUCCUUUUAAAAAAUCUUUGGCUUAUUAAAUCCUUGCUUUGACACCUGUGAAAAAUACUUAUAGCUUAGGUUAUGAGUCAAGUCUAGAGUUUCUCCCAAGUAGAAGAGAUAAAAUACUAUUCAUUGACCAAUAUAAACUAGGCAAUUUAUUCAUAUAUACAAGACACAAUAAGCAUGAAAGAUACAUAACAAGUUCAUUCACAGAGCCUCUUAACAUAAUUCAGUAACCUAACCAAUAACUAUUCUGAAAGUGUGCUAUUUAAAUCUCAUCAGAAUAUAAAACAGUUUUUAGUACAACUAAUCAGGUAGGUUAUAUAGUGCAUUGACACUGGCACUGUCCAAACAAUUCUUGGUAAAUAUAUGUUGGUAAAAUGGCCAGUCUUGGAUCAAUCCUUUUGUUGGUGAACUAAGAGUAUUAUAAUACUUGCUGGGGCCUCCUCCUCUGCCACCUAUCAAUCCACAUAAAUCAUCAGUAUUCAUCUUUGUUACCAGUAAAACCCAAUAGGAAGAAAUAGAAAGAAGUUCCAUUUAAAAUAACCAUGGCUUUUCUUUUCCUUUUUUAAAAAAUAAAUUGUUACUUUCUGUUUUAUUAUUCUAAGACAGAAGAGCCACAAAGGCUAGGCAAUCAGGGUUAUGCGACUUAAAUAGCUAGAAAAUUUCUGAGGUCAAAUUUGAUCCCAGGUUCUCCAGACCCAGGACUCUAUCUACUGUGCUACCUAGCUGCCUCCCACCCCACUUUUAUUUUACCCUUCAUUUAAAAAAAUUUUGAUCAGUUUCACUACCAAAUUAAUAAUUAUAUUUUUUAUUACUAGAAUUUAUUUCCAGGUAUCUCAGUCUUCCUUUUCCUCCUCAUACCACUGAAGGCAUUAUCAAGCAAACAGACAUGUAUAUAUAGAUUGUCUUUCAUGAACUUCCCAGUUCAUUCUCAUUCUGGAGGUGAACAUUCACAAGUUAUCUUUCAAAUAUUAAAUUUGUAGCUUUAUAUAAUGUUCUUUUGGUUCUAUUAAUUUCUUUCUUUAUUUUCUCAUGUAGUUCUUUCCAAAUUAAAAAAAAAAUAAUCUAUUCAUCUUUUCUUACAGCACAAUAGUAUUCCAUCACAAUCAUCUACUACAAUUUUUUUAGUCAUUCCCAAUUGAUGGACAUCCUCUCCAUUUUCAGUUCUUUGUCAUGACAAGGAACUGCUGUAAAUAUUUUGGAACAUAUAAAUUCUUUUCCUUUUCCCUAAUUUCCUUGGGAAAUAAACCCAACAAAAAUAUUGCUGGGUCUAAGGGAAUAGAUGAUUUUAUAGCUCUCUAGGUAGGUGUAAUUCCAAACUGCUCUCCAAAAUGGUUGGAUCAGUGUAGUUUCAACAACAGUAGUGGCCCACUUUUCCACAUUCCCUCCAACAUUCAACAUUUUGCACUUUGGCCAUUUUAGUCACUCUGACUGGUGUGAGAAAAGACCUCAGAAUUGUUUUGGUUUGUAUUUCCUUAAAUUGUAGUGAUUUAGAGCCUUUUAUUCAUGUACCUAUUGAAACCCCAUUUAACAGUUGGGAAUUAGUUCUUAUUUUCAUAAAUUUGACAAAGUCCUCUAUAUAUUUUAGAUAUGAGAACUCUAUCCAAGAGACUGUCUAUAAAAAUUCCCCCUCAACCCAUUUUCUGUUUUCCUUCUAAACUAGGCAACAUUUGUUUUAUUUCUACAAAACCUUUUCAAUUUAAUGUACUGAAAAUUAUAUAUGUUAAAUUCAUAAUGUUUUCCAUUUCUUGUUUACUUAUAAAUUCCUCUCCAAUCUAUAAAUCUGAUACGUGAUAUGCUCCUUGUUCUUUUAGUUUGCUAUGAUAUCUUCUUUUAUGUCUAUGUCAUGUAUCCAUUUUUAUUUUAUCUUAGGUUGAAUGGUAUUAGAUAUUGGUCUAUAACUAGUUUCUGACAAGCUACUUUAAAAUUGUUCCAAUAAUUUUUAUCAAAUAGUGAUUUCUUUUCCCAAUAGUCUGGUUCUAUACUUUUGUUAAAUACAUAGGUUGCUAUACUAGUUUACUUCUGUUUGUUUUAUGUCUGUUCUGUUCUACUGUUCUACUCUUCUAUUUCUUAGCCAUUACCAGAUAGUUAUAAUAAUUACUGCCUUAUAAUAAAUACAGUUUAAAAUCUG